UCUUUCUCUCGCUCUCUCUAUGCCCCAAAACAUAAGCUUCACCAUGCCAUAGUUACAGACCUUAGUUUUCACUGUCACACAUAACCCCACCGUGACAACCUCAACUAAACCCACAAAUCAAGCCUCAGCCUUAACAACUCCAAUCUGGCCUUCCAUCUUCAAUGAUCUCCUUCACUACGCCCCCACUUCCGAUUCCCCAACUCCGCUAGUGAGUUUCUUUUCUAACAAAAAACUGAAACCCACAUCUCAAGUUCUCAACCCGCCCUCCCUCUGACCUCUGCCCGCUGCCCUCUGUCCCUCGCCGGAGCUAGAUCGGACCGAUCGGCGAGCUCCAUAGACGUAGACGCCGUGCCCUGUCCCUUCCGAUCUCUCUCUCUCUCUUUCGGCGUGGACAACAGGAAAAACUUUCCAGCCAAGAAUGUUUGUCUUCACUCUUCAAAGAGACUUUAGACUCUUGAUACAGGAAAAACUUUCCAGCUAAGAAUGUUUGUCUUCACUCUUCAAAGAGACUUUAGACUCUUGAUACAGGAAAAACUUUCCAGCUAAGAAUUUGUGUCUUCACUCUUCAAAGAGACUUCAGACUUCUCAUAGGAAAAACCUUUCCUUCAUCCUUCAGGACUUUCCCUUCCCAACAAUCCCUCUUCCUCUGAGAAAAUAUCUGAAAUUGUUGUACAAGUUUUAGUGUUUUAAGCAGACAUGGCAGACAGUGUUGUGAGUUUCCUGUUGGAGAACCUGGCUCGGUUGAUCUCUCAAGAAUCAAAAUUGCUUGGGGGAGUAGAGGAUCAAGUCAAGUUACUUCAGUAUGAGCUGUUUCUGAUCAACAUCUUCCUCGAAGAUACUGCGGGGAGAGAACAUUACAAUAAGUUCGUGAAGCAGAUAGUAAGCCAAAUCAGGGACGUAGCUUAUGAGGCUGAGGAUGUUAUUGAUAUAUUCAUCAUGGCUGUGACAAAGCACAGAAGAAGAAAAGGCAAGCUGGGCAAGCUGGGAAAGUUUAUCCCUUCAGCUGACCGAGCAAUUGCAUUUCACCAGAUUGCAAAAAAGAUAGAGAGCAUCAGGAUCAUCAAGAAGGAAAUUAACGACAAUAGCAGCAAGUACGGUGUAGAAAUAGCUGAAUCAUCCAGAGGAGAUGCAGAAGCAGAGGUGAUACUGCACAGCCGCAGAAGAUACGUAGAGGAAGAUCAAGUGGUGGGCUUUGGUCAUGACACAAAGGUAUUGGUGAGGCAGCUUAUUGAAGGGAGUUUGCAACUUAAUGUUGUUUCAAUAGUUGGAAUGGGUGGCUUAGGGAAAACCACUCUUGCUAGGAAGGUCUACAACAACAAUGAUGUCAAGAAUUUCUUUGAUUUCCGUGGGUGGGUGUAUGUCUCUCAAGAAUAUAAAAUCAGAGACCUGUUGCUUGAAAUUUUGAGGGGUGUGACACCAAUGCCAAAACUGAAGAAGUACGUGUUGAAAGCUGAAUUGAAAGAGGAAUUAUUUCAUGUUCUGGAAGCUAGGUGCCUGAGCAAAGAUAAAUUGAAAAGGACACUAAUUGAAGACUUGAACGAUAUCAAGGCAAUGAAUGAUGAAGAAUGCAGAAAGGCAUUGCUUGAGUCCUUGGAACAAAUACAAGACCAUAAAUUGCAAAAAUCAUUGUCGGGUUUUGUGAAAGGUAUUUACAGAAACAAUGGUGAAGGAUGGCAAGAUUUGGAUGACGAUGAAUUGAAAACUGUGUUGUCCAAAUGCUUGAAAGACAAGAGGUACCUACUUGUCAUGGACGACAUUUGGAAAAUUGAGGCAUGGAAUGAGGUAAGUGUUAUCUUUCCUACUAAUUCCAACGGAAGUAGAAUAUUGAUCACUAGCCGAAUAAAAGAAGUGGCAUUACAUGCGAGUAGUCUUAGUGAUAGUAUGCCUCCUAUUCCCCCUUAUGAACUCCCAUUUCUUGAUGAAGAUAAAAGUUGGGAGCUCUUCUCUAAGAAGGCGUUCAGGGGAGGUACAUGUCCUCUAGAACUUGAAACUCUAGGGAGUCAAAUUGUAAAAAGUUGCCAUGGUUUACCACUUGCUAUUGUGGUAUUGGGGGGUCUUUUGGCAAAUAAGGAGAAAUCACAUCGAACAUGGUCGAAAUAUGUUGGCCAUGUCAAUUCGUAUUUGACAGAGAAUGGAUCAGGUUGCAUUGACGUAUUGGCUCUAAGCUACAACCAGUUACCCCGACGAUUGAAACCAUGCUUUCUAUACUUAGGUAUAUAUCCAGAAAACUUUGAGAUACCAGUGAGGCAACUAAUCCGACUUUGGAUAGCCGAGGGAUUCAUUCAACAAAUUGGGAAAAGAAAUAUGGAGGACAUUGCUGAAGACUACUUGGAGGAACUCAUUGAUAGGAGCUUGAUUCAAAUAGCAACAAAAAGGCUAGAUGAAGGAGUCAAAACAUGUCGUAUCCAUGAUCUUGUACGAGACCUCUGUAUAAAGGAGAGCACUGAACAGAGGUUUCUUGAUGUUCAUUCAGAUCUUAAACUUUCACCCAUAAGCAAAUCUCGUAGAAUUUCCACCCACAUUGGCAACCAAGCAUACAUUUCUUCUACCCCUUGUGAGCCUUCAAAUAGCUGUUCAAAUAGCCGUUCUAUAAUAGGCUUUGGGGAGGCUGUUGAGCUUAAGAGUCCUCCUAAUAAAAGCUACUUGGAAUGGCUUUGCGAAAGUAAUAAGUUGGUUCGGGUAGUAGAGCUUAGUAAUAUUGGCAUCUGUUGCUUAAUCCCCAAAAGGAUUGAAAACCUGAUCUUUUUGAGGUACUUAAGCAUUAGAUCUGGUGAGCUUCAUGUCAUUCCAGAUUCCAUAUUCAACCUUUGGAAUCUGGAGACACUGGACAUGAGAAAUUCUACAAUGUCAAUCAAAAGCGUGCCCAGGGGGAUAUGGAAGUUGCAAAAAUUAAGACAUUUGUACCUGGAUGGGCCAGCAUAUCUACCUAUAACUAACAAUAAAGUGGCUUUACCCAAUCUUCAAGUCCUUACUGGUAUAGCUGUAGAUGAAGCCAAUGAGAGUCUCUUUGCCAAGGCCAGUUUUCCUAUUGUAAGGAAAUUGGGAUUGUAUUCUUUAAGACAUGUACAAUCAGAGAUUUUGUCAAGCUUGCAUUCCUUGUGUCACCUACAAACUUUGAAGAUUUAUAAACUCCGUCAGCUUUCAAGUCAAGUUUCAUUCCAGUUUUCCCUCACAAAGAUAACCCUAGUAGAAGUGGCAAACUUAUCUCCAGCUGUCACAAGAGUGUUGGGUAGCCUUACCAAACUUAGAAUGCUCAAAAUACGAGGUUUCCUUCAAGACAACAGUGAGAUGAAACUGGAUUGCGAUGAAAGUAGUUUUCCUCAACUUGAAGUCUUUAAAAUGGAAAAUAUGUAUGUUGUAAGAUGGACUAAGGGGAGAGGUGCAAUGCCAAGGCUUCAACGUUUGGUCAUUAACCGUUGCGAGUUUUUUUAUAUGCCCCCUGACGAACUUUGUUGCUUGACUGCCUUGCGGGAUGUGGAAGUUUUGCAUCCCUCUGUGAAAUUGGCAAACAUGGUUCAACAGUUGCAAAUGAGGGAUGGAUGUAAGCUCCAAGUCUAUCCACCUUUGGACUCAACUACUUGAGAAAAUAGUUGAUGACUUCAUCUACUGUGCUAUGUAUUGGUGAUGCCUAAGGGUUAAUGGUACUCUGUUUUGUCUGUUUGUUUAGGUUGUGAUUGUAUGAUAUGUACUUGUUAGUUGUUUCCCACCAUAAAUUCCUUGAUUAUCCUAGCUUUUAAGUCUUUCCAAUAGUUAAUUGGUACCCAUAUAUAUAUAUAUAUAUAUAUCCAAUAAUCUAUUAUGUUUAUGAUUAUAAAUCCAUUUUGGUUUGGAGGAAGGUAUAAUCUUGGGAUGCUACUUAAU